UACUUUAUUUACACUGCUGAAAAUGUUCUUAACAUUUGUCAUAAUUACUUAAAGCAAAGAAAUUGUAUCCGCUCUCGUCGGACUUCAGCUGCAUAUUUUCUGCCAUUUUCUUGAAAUCUGAAAAUGUUGUGAAGCCACGCCCAUUUUCUGAAGAAUUGUAUUAUCGGCCCUAAAAGCACAGAGUGUCCAGAGCUGGUAUACUUUGUAUAUUGGCGAAUUUAGUACGACAUCCUAGAACUCUUGGCAUACUAACUCUAUCCAUACAAUAACCAAUACGCAUGCUACAUACUCAAUUUACAUCACAAAUAGUACGGUUAGUGCAGUUAGUAUGAAUAUUUCGAAACACAGCUCUAGAGUGUUAGAUGUCCACAGAAUUUGCUGUUCUAAAAUGAUACGGACAGCAUUUGUAGUCUUUUCUGGGUGCAGAAGGCUAGUGAAUGGCUUACCUGAAAACAAGAGUAGAAUAGUUUUACAUACCUGGCUAGUAACAUAAAGUGGACUAUGGCAAACUGUGAUUAUGUGUGUUUGUGCAUGUGCUUGAGUGUGUGUGCACCCUUCUGUGUCUGUCUGAAUAAUGCAGCAGGAGUAAUAUUAGAACUGAGCAUGUGCAGGAGAUGUCUACCCCUCGCAAAACCUCUAAAUCCCUCUAAACAUAUACAUCUCUCUCUCUCUCUCUCUCUCUCUCUCUCUCUCUCUCUCUCUCUCUCUCUCUCUCUCUCUCUCUCAUUGGGCAGGGCUGUAAGUACACUGGGCAGGGCUGUAAGUACACUGGGCUAGUGAGACAGAGAGAGAAGGGGAGAGAGAAAGGGGAAGGGAGAGAGAGUGUAACUGGAAAGGAGACAGAGGGAGAGUGGAAAGAGAGCCCGGAGGGUGCUUGCCCGGAAGGAGAUUGAGUGGCAGUGAAGAAGAGAGAUAGAGAAAGGGUGGUGCCUCAGGGAAUAAGAAACAGGGUGAGGCAGCAGAGUGAGAGGAGAGAGCAGUGUGCGUGUGACUGGAGGGAUCCAGACAUGGGACUAGCGCUGCAAUGACAACCAUGCUUAGCCCUAAAAACAGACAGACACGCAGGGCCCGCUCUAAGAGCAUGGUGCUGGGCCGCUGCAGUUCUCCUCUAGGCCAGGAGAUGACGUUGAAGGCCGGCUGGCUGAAGAGACAGAGGAGCAUCAUGAGGAACUGGCAGCUGCGGUGGUUCGUUCUCCACACUGAAGCACUGUACUUCUAUAAGGACCAGGAUGAGACUAAACCUCAGGGAUGCAUCAUUCUCCAGGGCAGUCAGGUCAGUGAGCUGUCGGCCAAUCAGGAUGAAGCUGGUCGCCACCUGUUUGAGAUUGGUCCAGGAAGCAAUGGAGAGAAGGAUCGUUCAGGUCUGAGCGAGUCUUUCCUGUUGAUGGCUAAGUCUCAGAGUGACAUGGAGGAAUGGGUCAGAGCCAUUCGAAGAGCUAUAUGGGCCCCGCUAGGAGGAGGUAACACACACAUGCACACACAAACACACACAUGCUCAUACACAUACUCAAACACAAAUACACACACAGACACGCACACACACACACACAAACAUGUAAAGUCCUGUAAGAGCAAGUUGAUUGUGUGUGUGUGUGUGUGUUCUUGGAAUCUGGGUGUCAUUGCUCUAGGUAUUUUUGGGCAGCAUUUAGAGGAGACAAUGCAGUGUGAGAGUGGGUGUGGCAGCAGCAGCAAGCCUCUGGUGCCUCUGCUGGUGCAGCAGUGUGUGUGUUUUAUACACCAGCACGGCCUAACGGAGGAGGGGCUGUUCAGAAUGCCUGGACAGACCAAUCACGUACGAGAGCUGCAGGACGCCUUUAACUGCGGGGAGAAACCACUGUUUGACAGUAACACUGAUGUCCACACGGUGGCGUCCCUGCUGAAGCUGUACCUCAGGGAGCUGCCAGAGCCUGUGGUGCCUUUCAACAAAUACACAGAGUUCCUCUCCACCGUUCAGCUCCUGGCCAAGGACCAGGAGGAGGGGAUCCUUGAGCUGGGCAGGCAGUUGAAGAGUCUUCCUCAGGUCAACUACAACCUCCUCAGAUACGUCUGCAGAUUCCUAGAUGAGGUCCAGUCCCACUCAAGUCAAAACAAGAUGAGUGUUCAGAACCUGGCCACUGUGUUCGGGCCCAACAUCUUCCGACCCAAGAUGGAAGACCCACAAAUCAUGAUGGAGGGUAGUUCCCAGGUGCAGCACCUGAUGACUGUACUGAUCAGUGAACACUCUCGUCUGUACCAGGGGCAGGCAGAGACUCACAGGGAGGACCAAUCUGCCCCUUCUCCAACUCCCUAUCCCCGGGUCCCCCCGAUUCAGCGCUGCAGGGUAGAAUGGCUCUCACAGGAGGACAUCCUGCCCCCCAACCCCUCCAAGGACUAUACAUCCCUGGAACAGACCCCUAACACCCCAAGCCAGGAACCACUUCAACCCCUCCCGACCUCCGCAGUGUCCUCUCUUGACACUGACCGCCCUGGAUCAACCCCCAAGGAAAGAACAGAGGGAGAUUCUGAGGGAAUGAAUGGUGGAAGAACAGAAGAAAAGACGGAGAGAAAGAGUGAAGGAAAGAGCGGAAUAAAACUCUCGGGUGGUAGUGGCGCAGACCUCAGCCCCAGUAAACAGUCCAAAAGCCAGUCUUCAUGGAGGUCCUCUUUGAAGGGUAGGUCCGGGUCAGGGGGGGUAAGGGGGAAGUUGGGGGGGUCAGCAGUUGAUGUGUCGACAGUCACCGGAGGCCACUGGCUGAUGAAUGGCCUGACGUCCUUCCGGAGUCACCGACGGACCGCUUCGACUGGCGAACGACUCAAAGAGUCCUCGCUUUGCCUGAAAGAGACACAUAUAGAUUCUCUGCUAGACUCAUAUACUGAGUCCUCUUUGUCACUAAAAGACUCCCAAAGAAGCAUGCUAAAAGACUCAUCUCCUUUACAUAUAGACUCCUCCUGUUCUACUAUAGUCUCGUCCUGUCCCAAUAUAAAGCCCUCCCAAUCUGUCAGAAACUCCCCCCAUUCCAACAGGCUCUCGACCUAUGACAACGUUAAUGUCACUCCCUGCAGUCUGAGCUUGCCCAUUGGCAGCCCCUCCCCCUGGACCUCUUGUGAGAUCCCAUUGGCUGAAUCUACAGGAAGUGAGCACGGGACACUGAUUUCUGGUUUAGGGUCAGGGCCGUCUGUGGCAGGGCCCUCGAUACCUGGGGACAGUAGCUCUCCUCUAGAGCUGUGUGUGAGCAGCGCUGACUGGAAUGAGGGUGACCCUGGGGAUGACAUCACAGGUCAGAGGUCAGGGGUCAAUGAGGGUCUGUUCAGCCUGGUGACGGAGUUGAAGGAGGAGCUGAGGAGACAGAGGAUCAGCUAUGAGAUACGCAUACAAAAGUUAGAGGAUUCGUGUUCAGGUCUUCGUCUCCAGUCUGGUCGUUUAGAAGAGGAUCUAGGCCAGGAGAAGAAGAGGUUAUUCAUGUUGGAGAUCCAACUGGGGAACUCGGAACGCGCAAGGCAAGAUGCUGAGACUCGGAAUGUUCUCCUGCAGAAAGAGAUGGAAGAGUUAUUUGCUACACUGGGGAACCUGACCACUGGCACAGAUACCAGCUAGACCUGAGCAGACAGCAUUAGCCCACCGAGCAAAAGCCUACAAACUGGGCACAAACUGAAUGACUCACUGUUGUUUCAACAUAAUAUGUCAACGUAUAGCGACAUGGAAUUUGAGGAAAAUGCAUUCGAUUUGAAAAAAGUAAUGAACGUAAAAUGUUGUUUUGAGGGUGAUAUUUCAAACACGGGAUUAUGUCAUCCUGGUAACCAAAUUUCAACAUAGACAAACCUUGUAUCAAAUAUGUUGAACUUGUACCUUUAAGAAAACAUCAGAUCUUCAACCUUAUAUCCACGAUAAAAAAAAAUAACUAUAGGCUGGGCAGCACCUCCUGCUGGAUAAUGUAUCUAUAGCUACCCUUUGGUCUCCCAUCCAGGGUUUUAACCAAGCUUAGCCCUGCGGAACUAUUAUAUUUGUCACUGACUAUCACUAAUGUUCUAUUGCGAGAAUGAUUGUUAAGAGAUCUCCACUUAUUCCACAAACUGGAAUUAAAGCCAGACUAAAUCAGUGGCACAGAUGGAACUAUCCAAGCAGAAGACACAUCUCCUUCAAAUGUUGAUAUUUGGUUGUGUUGGCAACCAAACACAAUUCAAUGUCACUUUUGAAAUACUAUAAAUAGCCUAUAAACUUGUCGACAAAUUGUAUGUUGGAUUCACUUCUCUAACUCAACCAAAAAUAAAAGUUAAAGAAUAGGAUUAAGCCAGUGGCUCAGAUGCAACUAUCCAAGAAGUAGAUACAUCUCCUAACACAAUUCAAUAUGGGCCCGAUUCAGACGUAGGAAAGGCGUAUAUUUCCUACGCACGCCUUUCCUACACACUUCUCAGUAGUUCCUAUUCAGACUUACCUUAUGCAGGUGCGUAAAGGGCUUUGAAGGUGUGGUUCCCUUGCACACUCAGAAUAAAUGUAAUUCGACUGCUGAAAACCCUCCCACUUGCUAGCUAACAUAUUUUCUUGUGGAGUUUUCAUUGAAUAGGGUUUUCAGUACAUUACCCCUUUAAAUUAGGUGUACCUUUUCAUUUGAAUUUUCUCAACAGACUCACUAGAAUAUACAGUGCCUUCGGAAAGUAUUCAGAGCCCUUGACUUUUUCCACAUUUUGUUACGUUACAGCCUUGUUCUAAAAUUGAUUAAAUAGUUUUUUCCCCUCAUCAGUCUACACACAAU